CCCCACAUGGCAUCAACGCAUUUAAGAAUCGUUUCGUCGAACGUGGGAACCAAUCCCAUUAAGUAUUGUCACGAUAGUGGAGUGUUCCGCCACAUUGUGAUCAUACUUAAUGGUCGUGAAAUACCUCAGUCGCUGGAAAGAAUAAGCAGCUCUCUCCUUGUUCUUACGAUUUUUCUACACACAGCUCACACGAUAUGCCUCACGCCUUACCACUAGAACGAAAUGUCCCGAGCUUUCUGGAAAAGAAGUUCUACGUGAAUGAUGGCCUUCUCAGUCCAGAACAAGUGGGCGUUUUGAGACAAUCAUCGCCGGACAUGCCUAUGGAAGAGCUCAGAAGCCGAUAUAAUGAGGACGGAUACGUCUUCUUGAAGGGUUUACUACCAAGAGACGACGUGCUCAAGGCUCGCGAGGAAUACUUCAGCAUGCUAGCUCCAAGCGGCGUCCUGAAGCCAGGAACUCAACCCGUAGAAGGAGUGUUCAAUCCCGAAAAGGAUCCCGCAGAUUAUCCAGGUAUCGGAUCAGGUGCAUCUGGUGGUAAUGGAAGGCCCGGCGAGGACACAGCCAAGCAGUUUGUGGACCUGGCUCUUCAAGCACACUACGCAGAUUGGUACAAGGAGAAGUUCUGCAAGCAUGCAAUAUUGAAAGCCUUCAUCGCGCGUAUGACCGGCUGGGGUGACGAGCAUACAUUAGCUGUAAGGAGAAGCCUACUUCGCAACAACACUCCAGGCAACAAAGCAAUCGGUGUACACUACGAUCAGAUCUUCUUAAGAUACGGCGAGCCUACAAGCGUGACCGCGUGGGUACCAAUGGGAGACGUUAGCCUUACCGGUGGAGGCCUGAUAUACUUGGAGAACGGCCACACCCUUGGACGAGAAGUGGAAGCAGACUUUACAGCAAAGGCAAAGGCAAGUGGUCUCACAGACGAGGAGGCGAAGUAUGCCUUUAAUCAAAACAUGCUUUCCACUGGCCUACUCGCAGAUGGGGCAAGGGAGUAUUCUGAAACAUUUGACCGCAGGUGGUUGGUAACAUCGUACGAAGCUGGAGAUGUCGUGCUGCACAACCCUUUCGCCAUACAUGCUUCAACGAUGAACUACGAUCCAAACAAUGUGAUCAGAGUCGGAACUGAUCUGCGUUUCGUGGAUUCCAGUAAGCCGUGGGAUAAGCGAUGGGAUAAGGAUUAUACCUUCAACGAUGGCGUGUAGACACGGCAUGAUUCACGCCACUUGUGUACUUCAGCGAACGUUCGGCGAAGCGUUUGCGCGAGCAAAUCCACGAGCUGUAGGCUAUCAGUAGAAAUGUAUGGAUGUCAAGACUCUACCCGCAGCGAGCGUGCGGAGAUUGCAACUUUGCCA